ACAUUUUAUAUCAUAAAUAUUUCAAAUUUAUUUUUAUAAAUACAAAUUUUACACAUAAAAUUUAAAAAAAACUUUAAAUAAGAUUUAUAAUAUUUUAAAACUAAAAUUAGGCAACAAGAAUAUUACAAAGAAAAUUCUUAAUUUUUUUUUAAAGAUACAUGAAGACAUAAUUAUUACAAAAAUUUAAAUAUUACAACAAUACUAAUAGUAUAGUUAAUUUGCUCCGGAACCUCCAAAAACUUUAAAAUAUUCUCCUAACAAAUUUUGUAUAACCAAAGAUGAAGCAUUACGGAAAUAAUUUUAUGAAAUAAUGUGGUAUUUUCUUGUAGCUUAGUAUUUAAUUAUCUAUUUCUAUUUGUAGUUUUAUAUUUUAGUGGAAGAUUUAUUUAUUACUGUAAUAUUUUUACAUAUGUACUAGUUAUUUAUAAAACGCUUAUGGAUUCAUAUUAAUUAUGACAAAAAUAAAGACUAUAGUGUAAAAUAAAAAUAUUUUUAACGUUAAAUUUGAAGUUUUGAUUUUGAAAAAAAAACACUUUGAAACUUUAAAUAUAAAGUUUUCAAAACUCUAGAAUAUAUAGUUUUUUUUGUGGAGAUGCUCUUAGUUUCCUAAUUUGAUUUAUUUUGUUAUUCUUUUCUUUUUGAUUAAUUAAUUUAUUUUGUUAGUCUAUCUAUGUAUAUGAAUAGAUGCAGUCGUGAAAUAUUACAAAAGAGCAUUCAAAAUACGGAGAAUAUACCAACUUUUUCUACCUAAAUGCAUGUGCACCGACCCAACCAUGCCAAUGCCAUAUUGCCAUGCCGCCUCUAUAUACAAAUGUGUAUAUAUAUGUGGAAAAAGAAUUUCAUGAACAACAGAUGUGAAAAUGUGGAAAAUGUUAACAUAAAAUGUAGACUGUGCUGUUAAUUGGCGGGAAAAUUUGAUACAAAUGAAAACAAGUCUAUGAUAAAUUCAUGUCAAAGGCUCGAUCACAGUGCAAUAUCUGAAUUUUGGGACUUGGAAGAUUUUUUUUGUAAUAUAUAUAUUGGGUUUAAAUAUUAAAAAUAAUUAAGAUAAUAGUUGAUGGACUGGAUAGUUCCAAACCAAAAUAUUUAUGUUUGUAUCGACAUAUUAUAACAUUAUGUUUACAAUAGAAAAAAAAACUCUAGCAAACAUCAUAACUUAACGGAAACUUCAUGUUUCAUUUGUUUUACUUGCCUUUAGAAUUUGCUAAUUAAGGAUAAUUGACACAAAAUAUUAUAUUGUGGUUUCAAUAAAUAAAAAUGCACUUUCUUACAAAUGUAAACGCAAAGAGAAAAGAGAAAACAAUGAAUGGAUAACUGAACUCUUAGAAUAUAUAUUGUUUUUUAAAAAAACUGAACUCUUAGAAGUUUAAAGUAAACCAUUGUAGUACUGGGACAUUAUUAUGGUUGAACGUGUUGAGGGAAUAUUUUCAAAAAAGACAGUGAAAGUUUUACGUUGAUUUUUUAGGCAAGAAAAGAGAUAGGUGUGUAUAUACGUCUGAUACCACAGGACCAUUAUCUUUUUUGUUCUUUAACACAAUUUUUUGCAUGAAUACUACUUUUUAUGAGAAUUUGGAAUCGUUUUGGAUCAGACACUAUAUAUUAGAAUCUUAGACUUUGGCCCAUUGAUCGGUCAAAAGAUGGUCGUGUGUAUCAUAUAAAUUAGUAUAGUACUGUUAGCUUAACUAUGUAAUGUAUAACAAUUUGUCAUUCAAUGUUCGAGUGUUCGAGACAUACUAUUUUAGUGGCGUUUACAUUGUAUAGAGAACAUUAUUAUCAUUCUAUUAAAAACAUGGUUAUUUCUAUGAAUUCAUACACAUGCACACGCACAUAAUAAAGAAUAGGAAUCCAUUGUGCAACUAUAAAAUCCCGGGUCAUAAAAAAAAACUAUAAAAUCCCCGAAAGAUUGAAACACGUAUAUUACAGUAGUUGUGUCUUGGCUAAUUUCGUACGCCUAAAUUAUAUGAAGCAAAUUACUUAAUAUUUUGAUAAGUUAAUGAAUUUAUGAUUAUAUAUAUAACCAAUAAAUAGUAAUACUUAUGGAACGCAAACUUACAUUAUGGGCACAAAUGCAUCAUGCCAACAUGCAUACGCAUAAGCAUGAUAUUGCAGAGGUUAAAGAUAAUGCUUUUAUGGGAAAGUUAACCUUAUCUUCAGUCUACUAAGAUAAGAUAAAGAUGAGCUAAAUAGUUCAUGACGGAAAAAAAUGAAGGAAAAAAGCAGAUCAUAAAAUUUACGCAACACUACUAUAAGAACUUUCUCUUUACAGAUUAUCGUUAGAUGCAGUUUUUUGUAUCCUUAAUAUUUUGAACAAACAAGGAGCAUAGUAGUACAGUUUGGUGUCUUCUCAAUAGUAUGAAAUUGUGCUAGUAGCAUCUUCGAUAUCGUCCAAAACACGGGAAAUAUAAAAUUGUGAUUCUUUUUACCAUGAGAAGCCCCACUGCAUUAGGGCAUCUACUUCAAUUUGUGUCCGUCUGUUUUUGUAAUAAUCUUAUCAAAACUCUAAAAGGUCAUAUAUGAGAAUGGUCAGCUUUUCUUUUCUUUUCCUACUAUAAAUACCUCCUCACAGUUUCUCCAUUCUUCACACACCUAGCAUAAUACAUUAAUAAAAAAACUCAUCAAAAGAAUUGUUUAACUUCUCCCCACUCUUAAAUUGUUGAGUUCUUUGUUUGCAUUUUCAUACGUACCAUGGAUUACAGAUCAUCUAUGGAGUCAUCGGAAACCCUAAGGAACAAGUGCGCAGCUUGUUAUAGGCAAUUCAACAAAAUGGAACAUUUGGUGGAACACAUGAAGAUCUCUUAUCACUCCGGUCAUGAGCCUACUUGUGGGGUUUGCAAGAAACAUUGCCGAUCUUUUGAGUCACUCCGCGAACAUCUCAUAGGACCAUUGCCAAAACAAGAAUGCAAGAACAUUUUUAGCCUUCGCGGAUGCAGAUUCUGCAUGAUGAUCCUCGAAAGCCCUAACGCUCGUAGGAUUCAUCAAGAGAGAUGCCAAUUUUCGAGCGUCAAUGCUGGAUUGACGACUCGUAUGGCAGCGUUAGGCCUUAGAGAUAAAGCCAUGAUCGACUACACGUCAUCACGGUCUCCAAAAAUGGUUGCACUCUCUUGCAAGAUGGUAGGAGGAGGAAGCGACGGGUCGUUGGAUCUAUGCGCAAGGGUUUGCAUAACGGAUGAGAACGACAACGUUGUGUUCCACACGUACGUGAAACCGUCAAUGGUCGUGACGAACUAUAGGUACGAGACGACCGGUAUACGUCCAGAGAAUCUGAGGGACGCAAUGCCGUUGAAACAUGCACAAAGAAAGAUUCAAGAAUUUCUUUGUAAUGGAGAACCCAUGUGGAAGAUUCGUCCAAGAGGUGGGAAAGGGAGGAUUCUCGUGGGACAUGGGCUGGAUCACGAUCUUGACCGCCUUCAACUUGAAUAUCCUUCUUCCAUGAUGAGGGAUACUGCAAAAUAUCCUCCGUUGAUGAAAACAAGCAAGCUGAGCAAUUCUCUCAAGUACUUAACCCAAGCCUAUCUCGGGUAUGAUAUUCAUGUUGGGAUACAAGACCCAUACGAAGAUUGUGUAGCGACGAUGAGGCUUUACACGAGAAUGAGAUAUCAGAAACAUAAGAUUGAAGCAUAUCCUUUACCAGCCGACGUGCAGAACCGUAGCAAUCAAGUGGCUUGGAGGCAGAGCGAGGUCGAAAGGAUGUCUCCUAAUGAAAUGCUCUCCAUCUCUCGCUCCGACUACUAUUGCUGGUGCUUGGACUCCCUCGCUUAAUUCCAAAAACUAUGGGGUUAAAAUUUGAGAAUCUCUCAUAAUUACUUCAUAAACUUUUUCGAGAUUUUUAAUUUAGUAGCGUAAAGUCGAAUAAGCAUUACUUCUGAUUUCAAAUAGUAUCUAAAUUAAUUUUAUAGUAUGUGUCGUGUGAGAUGCGAAUGUUGUUCCUGUACUUCUAAUAACGCAUAUUGCUCUUAAUUAUUAAUAAUUAUUGUUUUUUAAAAAUUAAUUAGUAAUCACUUGUUAGCUUUUGUGUAUAAAUAUAUCUAUAUUUGUCUUAGAAUUUUAAUACAUAUGAAAAAUAAUGGAAAAUUUCUAUUUUUUAACAAAUUUACACAAUGAGUGGUGUUUCAAAAAAAAAAACACAAUAAGGAGAGAUGUUUGUUGAAAUUAAUUUUUCUUUUUGCAAAUAAAAACAUCAUUAUCUAUAUUGUUGAAAUUAAUCAUUAAUCAGUUGUUAGUUUUUGUCUAUAAAUAUAUCUAUAUUUGUCUUAAAAUUUUAAUACAUAUGAAAAAAUAAUGGAAAUUUUCUAUUUUUUUGUUAAACAUGGUAUGCUUAAAUAUACAACACGGCUAUUAUUAAUCACUUGUUAGCUUUUGUCUAGAAAUACGGUCGUCGUUGAUUCUCGUUCAUAGGUAACGAACGAUAAACCCUAGACCCUAGUUUUUUUUAGGGUCCAGUCCAGCUCGGGGAUUAUGGCGGAGAGUUUGACGUCGAUUAUGGGUGAGAAGUGGCUUAUCAGUAGAGUAAAAUAUUUACCCAGUGUUGAGGAUUAUCUUCGAGCUGACAGGUGUCUUGUGCUGGUGUUAGAGUCUUCACAUGUAUUUUUUUUUUUUUUGAACUUAGAGUCUUCACAUGUUGAGAUUUCUGUUUUUAACAAAUGAGCUCGCAUACAUGAAAUAUGAAGCUCCUAGUGAAGGGCAUCUCUGAAAGCAACGCUAUCUGGCUAUCGCAUUUUCUUUGGUAGAAAAGAUCAUCAAGUAUAUUGGUGAAAAUGAAAGGACUCUAAGUGAUGAAACCGUCUCCCUCAAGGUGAUUAAGACGCUUAACGAGACGGUAGUAGUGGUGCUGGAGCAUUUGAAAGAUGCAAAGGAACAUGGAAAGAAGAGAGGAGAUGAUCUUCUUGCAUCCGUGCGAGUGGUUGGGAGCUAUCUUGCUGAAACUCCUGACGCAUGCAAAGAUCAGGUCCGUUUUUGUCAACUUGCUUCUUGCUCCCAAUGCUUUGCCAAAUAACAUUGAAGAACGAAGGAUGUGAACUCUUGGCUGCUUCAAGAGGCUACGUAGCUGUCGUAGAAUGCCUAGUAAAACUGACCCAGUCCGAUGGUCAGAAUGGUGAGGAGGACAGUAGAAGCAUCUUCUUGGCUUGUGAUACAGUCUUGAAUAUUCUUUUGAAGAGGAAGCAAAUAGGAUUUUCGCCGGAGUUGUCUACAUUUUCCAGUUUACGGAAGGCUUUGGAGUAUUGGGCAGAUGGUAGUGAGGAUCCAUGGGUAGUAAUGAUGGCUGCAAGCAUCUGCUCGUUGAUCUGUGAUUUUACAUCAGAAGAGGCGCUACUCAAGCAACCUAGUUUCAACGGUAGCUCCUUGGAUAGUUUGGCCAGGCUCAUUGCAAGAAGCUUAUCCUCGUCGGGCCAGGAUACGUCGGAUACUGCUGAUCUUUUUGAACUCGUAACAGCAGGUUAUUCUCGAUGGGAAAAUCGGUUCCCCACCAUAAAGAAACAUAACCGUUGAGCACUGACUCAUAAGCAAUCUUUAUCUAGAAUGCUUCUUUAUUUUCUUCUAGUCUGUGAGUCAUGUAUGAAAUGAUGUUCUUACUCAUUCUGGUUUCUAGGGGCUAGAACAUAGUAUUGCUAUUCAUGCUGGUUUCUAGGGGAUAUAACAUAGUAUCAACUAUUAAGCAAACGUUUUCUUAAGUCAGUUUCAAAUUGUUGUAUUAUGUACACGGUAGGCGCUAGUGGCGGUGCCAGAAUUUUUUUGGACUGGAGUUAAAAAAAAUAUAAUUACUAAACUAUAUAAAAAAAUUAUUUUCUCCAACCUUCAUAAUUUGAAACUUUGUUAUUACAGUUUCACUACAUCUUUAAAUAUAUGUUUCGAUAAAAAAAUAAAAAAAACACUCAUUCCAACAAAUUAUCAUAUUGAUCAAAUUAAGAAUGAUUAAACCGUUUUGAUGUAUUUUUUAUGAGUGUUGCCUUAAAGUUAUUACCACUAAGUUGACAAAGUUUUCAAGUUAAUAUUUGUAUCUUUACCUUAUCUCUUUGAUUAUGGUGAUAUUACAGUUUUUGUUUUUCAUCAGGAUCAUCUAGAUAAAUUGGUCCAUUAUUUAUCUAAUUAAUAAAAAAUUAGUCCAUUUCUAAUUAUGAAACUAGCUGUUAAAAAUAUUCAGAUUAUAUACAUAAACUCUAAUUAUUUUUAUUAUAUUUAAAUCAAUGAUCAUAAUCAUCUUUAUUUUGACAAUAAAUAAUCAAAUUAAAAUACCAAAGUAUAAGAUAUAAAAAAUAACCCAACUUGAAAUUAAUCCAAAACAUGGUUCUCCCUUUGUCAAAGAAGAGGAGUUUGUUUAUUAGUUUAUUUUUAAUGUUUCUGAUGUAAAUUAUUAUACUAUUUGGGUCUAAUAUAAUUUGGAUUUAAAACUAAUAUAUAACUAAGUUUAAGAUAAAAAAACAUAUUAUUUAUUUCAUGAGUUUUUGUAAUAGUAAAAAUUGAGAUAAAAAUUAAUAUGAAUCCAAGUUUUAACAAAUAAGUAAUAUAAAUGUAUUAGUUACAUAAUUUUGUCUUUAAAUUUUAAUGUUUUAAUUAUUUUGUGAGGUUCUAUUUUUUAGUGGGAUCAAAUAUAAUUUUCUAUUGGGAUCAAUACAUUUUUAUUUGAAAGAAAUAUAAAUAUUUUUUUAAAAAAUAGUGGAGUCAGCUGACCCCACUCCUCCUUCAUUGCCUCCUCCCCUGGUAGGGGUAGAAUAUAACUUGUUAUGUUAUGUCACAUGAUGAAUUUUGUAGUUUUUCAGAGAGAGACUAGAAAAAAGGUUAUUGACAGAGAUAUAUUUAUCACUUUGGUAAUAGAAAGCCCGUAUGCUUCAAAUAUAUUUAUUAAGUUCUAACAAUGUAUUGUUACUACAUCCAUGAUAUGCAUAGGCCAUGUAGAGUUUGUUUAAAAAAGUGCUUCUGAGGUAAAAGAAGAAUUAAUGUGAUUUUUAACUUACUUUGCAGUAUGAAAAAUGUAGCAUGGACUUAUUUUUUUUCUUUUCCGUCAAUUUUCCGCGGGAAGCCAAUGGUGUUUCCCCUUUUGUAUGGUUAGAGACUACUUAAUUUUAGUUGUGCAUAUUAGCUCAGGCAAACUUUCCUGAAUAUUCUACAUACACAGAUUUAUAUUUGUAGCAUAUAAUAGUUAACAUAUCUUUCUUAGGAGAAAAAUGAGUUUAAAUUUCACAGAUAAAACAAGAAAUAUAAUAUGUUACUUUAUUACUUAGUAAAAUCAUCCAGAUUUUUUUUUUUUUUUUAAAGAAAAGGAAAGUAGAAAUUUUAUUGAAUAGUUGACUACUCCUAGAUAUAAUCAAGCUGGAACUCCUUUAGCUUGUCCCUGGUUGCCACUGAGUUGUAGCUGAGAGUUAGCCUUAGAAAGAUUAUCUUCUUCUUCAUCAUCUUUUGGUGUUGUCUUGUAAUAACAAGCAUAAAGUAUAAGUUGUACUGCUCCUGAUACUGUCCCUAGUCCAUUUCCAAUC